AAUAUCUCCCCCUUGUAUCAAUUUGAGUUGUCAGAAUUUUUCUGCAGCGUUUGUUGUUUUGUGUUGAUUUUUCUCUAAUAUCUUGUGCAAUUUAAAGUGGAAAAAUGAGUGAUUUAUUGGAAUUAAAUCCUGAUAGACUCUUCCAGCAGCACACAGUGUCUGAAAUUGAGCAGGUCAGCAGAAAAUUGCAGAAUGAGAUCGAGAAACGAAGGGAAGACUUGAGGACGAUGGUUGGGGAGAGGUAUCGUGAUCUCCUGAAAGCCGCUGAUACGAUAAAUGACAUGAGAACAACCUCCAACACAGUGGUUGAACGUAUUGAGGGUAUUAUUGACCUUUCCGGGAAGGUUAGGGAGAACCUGAGAAAGGGCCGGGAUGUUUCAAAAGAAGGAGACAAGAGCCAGAGAAUUCUCAUUAGAAAUAAAUACUAUGGUGUGGUAGUUCAGAUUCAUAUUCUAACACUACUUCCGGAAAUGAUUUGGACGCAUUUGCACAAUGAUGAGUAUUUCUUGGCAGCUCAAUUAUUUGCCUUCUCUCGCCACAUCAGCACAGAUCUUCAGCUGAAUGACAAUAACAGCAUUGUGAGGCAUUUCCCAGUGGCCACGAGGCAGUGGACCGUACUUAGGCCCUUUUUGGAGAUUAUUCGGGAUCACUGCUUUGUCACUCUGGGCAGGGAGAGCCUUCCUGCCAGCGUGGCGUCUAAAUGCUUAGCUAGUUUGCUCUUGCUAGAGUCCAGUAAUGUUGAUGCCCUCUUGGCUGUUUUUAUUGAGUUGAGAAUUAAGUCCUUCUUGAAUAUCCUGGCGGAAGAUCAGGAGAAACCGCGCAAAGUUAGGGACAGAAUCCUCUCAAGCCUUCAGCUUCUGGAAGAGAGCUGCGAGGUGAUGUUUGACUGCUUUGUGGGCCGGGAUGGGUCUGAUGGAUUGUUAAUGAGAGAAAUUCAGGAUUUGGUAGCGAAGGAGCCAACAGUUUCCUUAAUUAAAUUCGAUAAUCCCGUAGUUCUAAGAGCUCUACCCGGGAUUAUUGCUCAAUUCAAGCCUCAGGUGGCUCUGGCGGGCGUUAGAGAGGAAUCCCUAGUAAGGAUGACAAAUAGCUGGAUUGAAAAGCUCAAUUUAGCAACAAAAACUGCCCUAAAGUCUCUGAUUGAUUUGAUAACGUCUGUGAAAGUUAUCCAUGAUAUCAAGCGGCAAGCAAUGUCUCCACAGAAACCAAACAAUUGGGAGAAAAUUUGCCGGAAGCUCUUCCUGCCUGAGGGAUUUGCUGUGUAUGAGUUUUUCUACCAGAAACUCCUAAAUGAACGUGUCAAGGAUAUCAUAGAAUCUUCCUGGGAGGGAACUCUCGAGGCAGUGGAGAAAGAUGUGGAAAAACUCACGCAGACUCCUGAGAAAGCUUCCAAAAGCAUCAGAAAAAUGGUUUGGACUGAGGAAUCAUUGGAUAUCCCGCAGAGUUUGCAGCAGGCAAUUUGUCAAGAUCAGAAAACUCACAAAUUGCUAAUGAAGACUCGAGGAUAUUCCCCGGCAAUUGUGGAAGUUUGUGAGAAUCUGGACAGAAGGCUGGAACUGCUGUUUAAUGAUCUCAGCAAUUACGUUUCCAGUGAAAGUGAAGGGGAAAAACGGAGAAGGCUUCCGGACGAUGAGAUUACAGAUACUCUCAGGGAGUUUCUUGUUGAAUGCAGCACUGGAAGAAUUAUGAAAUUCAUUGCUUUCCUGAGAUCCGGACGCUUCCCGGAGACGCAGGGCAAUUCAAUAGCUUUGGCAAAGCUACUGCAGGCUAUUGGGGAGCUCUGCCCCUAUCUCAAAUGCUGCCUUUCGAAGAGGAAACCCAAUUCAGAUGAGGAUGAUCUUGAGAAAUGGCUCAAAGUUUGCAAGAGACUCGAGGAGGAGAGCCUCUAUUUCUGGAGCCUCUGGUUGACAUCUUUUCUCAAAGACACUCAGCAAACGCAAAACACCUCAAUUCCCAAUCUCAAUGUCAUCCUCCAGGAAUUUCCCAGCUGGGAAACUGUCAGUCUUGAGGAGAAAAAUGAGCAGGAUGUCGUUCUAAAAUCCUCUAUCAGAGUUCCCUCGCAGCCGAGUUUCUCGCUCCAACAAAAGCUCUUCAAGCUCUGUCGGGAUCUCAAUCAAAUUGCUCCUCAUACAAUUCCACGGGCAAUUGUCAGCCGUGUCGUGGAAAGUGUAAUUCUUCAUAUUUUCAACUUCUACAGCCUUCAGGCUGACACCGAAAUCAUCCAGACCAAUCAGAACAUUUGCCUCCAAUAUUUCUUCGAUGUAAAAUUUAUUUCGCUGGUUUUAGUGGCUCGUGAGAAUAAGACCCUUUCGGAGAAGGCACAAUCUUUGUGUCAGAACUUCAAAUCCCGAGUGGAUCCAUUUGAUUUUGAGAUGUCUUACGAUUCCCUCAAUGCCAAUGUCAAGAAAUCUGCCCAUCGAGUGCUUCAUCAAUUAGGCUGCAUCAUUCCUAACAUGGACUACUUGGUAGCCAUGCUGGGUAAUCGUCAGACUACUGCUGCCCAGGAAAAAGAUCCCAAUAUUCUGGCGAUGUCCGGAGUAGGAACCAACGAAGCGAUUUCCUGGUUCCCACUACUGCCAAUAAUUUCUUCCAAUACUGCUGCGUCACAGAAACCUCAAACUUCGGCUCCAGUAGCGACGGAAAAGCAUUCCGGCACCCCAGGAAAAACAAGAAAAUCCGAUGAAGCACGCCAGUCAUCCUCCGUAGUUAGUACAACGCAGAACUAUGCCAGCAACGUAAAGUCUGGGGCUGCAGCAUUUUUCGGGGCCAUGUCGCAGGACUGGUUCAAGUCUUAAGGAAAGAUUUCCAGGGGCGGGGGAGAGUGAGUAAACAUCAAAUUGUAUUUUACGCAUAGAGAUUUAUCUCUAUUUUGUAUUUAUUAUUACAAUUAUAUUGUUCUCAAAAAGUACACGAAUCCAAAAGAAGAAAAAAAUAUAAGUUGAGUCACAUUGUUAGAAA